CCAUAACAGUAACCUCAUUAGCGAUUUACCAAAAGAAAGUAAAAAUACGUCACACCAGUUAAACUAAGAAAAAAUCAGCCAGAAAUUUCAGAACUAUCUGAUCGGUGCCCAUCCCUCGGUGGACUUCGACGAUGAUCAAAGCUGAGCUGUAGUUGGUCUAUCCGAGUUCCAAAACCUAAGGGUCCUAGGAGUUUCCGGCAUUGGCGCAAUAUCCCGAGCAGAAAGUAGGAUGACCUCGCCGGACAUUGCGGACAUGUUGGAGAAAUCGAAGGAGCUCGAUCGUCUGAGGAAGGAACAAGAGGAAGUACUCCUCGAGAUCAACAAGCUGCACAAGAAGCUUCAAUCUGCCCCUGAGGUGGUAGAAAAACCUGGCGACAAUUCACUAUCGAAACUCAAAAUGUUAUACACACAGGCCAAAGAGCUUUCUGAGAGUGAAGUCAGUAUCUCUACUAAUUUGUUAGCUCAACUGGACGCAUUAAUCCCAUCAGGGCCUCCAGGGCAACAGCGGAGAAGAAUAGAAAGUAAUGAGCAAAAAAAGAAAAGAAUUAAGGCUGAUUCAGAAGUCACGAGGCUUUCUCCCAAUAUGAGAAAUCAGCUGGAGUUCUUUUCUAGCCUGAAGGGUGAACAAGUGGCAGCUAGGGUCAUUCAAGAGGACCCAGAUAAAGAUGAGUGGUUCAUUGUCAAAGUUACCAAUUUUGAAAAAGAUACUAAAAUGUUUGAAGUUCUGGAUGAAGAACCUGCUGAUGAUGAGGAAGGUGGUGGUCAGAGGAAUGCUGUUCCACUAAAGUACAAACUUCCAUGGUCACAUAUUAUACCUUUCCCGAAAAGGAAUGAGCCAUCUAGUACUCCAGAUUUUCCUCCAGGCAGGCAAGUUUUGGCGGUUUACCCAGGAACCACUGCCCUCUACAAAGCAACAGUGCUCCAAUCUCGUAAGAAGAAGACUGAUGAUUACGUUUUAGAAUUUGACGAUGAUGAGGAGGAAGACGGAUCUCUACCUUCACGAUCAGUACCCUUCCACAGGGUAGUUGCCCUUCCAGAUGGACAUCGCCAGUAACUUAACUAGACAUUAUAUUUGCAUGUUCCCUUGCAAUUCCAAAAUAUAAGUUACUGGAAGAAAAGUCUACUAGAAGACCAUGCUUCUUGUGCGUGUGUAUUUAUUUAGUUCAUCCCUCAGAAUAACACAAUUACAGAUUGAUCCCUGCUGUAUCGAAUAAUGGUAUCAAUUGUGGCC